CGACUCUAAAUAUAAUAAUGAAGGCCAAUCUACAAUUUAACAGCCCCCAAGCUCCAAGAUCUUUCCCAGCUCAGAGUUUGAAGUAUGGAUCCUAUAACGCUCGUCAUCAUAUCAUUAAUUUGCAUCUCGGUCCUGAAAUUUAUAUACUCCAUCAUAUGGAUCCCACGGAGGAUCCAAAACCAUUUCAAAAGGCAAGGAGUAACAGGGCCUGGCUACCAUCCACUCUUUGGGAAUUCAGCUGAGAUCCUGCGUUUGUUCGAAGAAGCAAAGUUGAAGCCAGAUACAGUUGACCACCACGAUAUCCUCCACCGAGUGGCUCCCUUCUACCAUAAGUGUUCCGGUAUGUAUGGGACGCCGUUUUUGUAUUGGUUCGGGUCGAAACCCAGGCUGGGGAUUUCGGAUCCUGAUAUGAUCAAGGAGGUAGCCAUGAGCACGGCCGGGUCGUUUGAGAAGAUGCGGUUUAACCCCAUGUCCAAGAUGCUCUUCGGACAAGGACUUCUUGGAUUGAAAGGUGAAGAAUGGGCCAUGCAUAGGAGGAUUGCAAACCAGGCUUUCAAAAUGGAUAGAGUCAAGGGUUGGGUACCUGAAAUUGUAGCUGCAACUACGAAAAUGCUCCAGAAAUGGGAGGAAAAAAGAGGUGGGAGAAAUGAAUUCGAAGUGGAAGUGAAUAAUGAACUUCAUGACCUCUCAGCUGAUGUUAUAUCCAGAACAGCAUUCGGUAGUAGUUUUGAAGAAGGAAAACGUAUCUUUAUGUUACAAGAACAGCAGAUGGAGUUGUUCGUAAUGGCUGCGAGAAGUAUCUACAUCCCAGGGUUCAGGUUUUUGCCUACUAAAAAUAAUAGAGCGAGGUGGAGACUAGAAAAGGAAACUCGUGAAUCCGUAAGGGCACUGAUCCGGUCUAACAGCAAGAGAGGAGAAAGCCCUUCAAGUCUGCUUAGUCUUUUGAUGUCCUCGUAUAAGAAUCGGGAUGACAAAGAAGAGAGGCUAGAAGAGGAAGAAAUUAUAAACGAGUGCAAGACCUUUUACUUUGCAGGAAAAGAAACAGCUGCUAAUGCUUUAUCAUGGGCACUUCUCCUUUUGGCAUUGAAUCCGGAAUGGCAAGACAAAGCAAGAGACGAAGUGGUUCGCAUAUGCGGAACCGAUAAGCUUCCGGCUGCAGAGCAAUUGAGUGACUUAAAGAUUGUGAGCAUGGUAAUAAAUGAAACACUUCGACUAUACUCGCCGGGAGUGUCGUUGAUAAAGGAAGCACUCAAGGAUGUUAAGGUAGGAAGGCUCAAUGUUCCUGCAGGUACACAGCUUUAUUUGUCACUGAGUGCUGUUCAUCGUGACAUUGAUAUAUGGGGAGAAGAUGCUAACAAAUUCAAUCCCGCAAGAUUUAAAGAACCUCGAAGGCAUUUGGCCUCGUUUAUUCCAUUUGCCUUGGGGCCUAGAAAUUGUGUUGGGCAGAAUUUAGCGAUGGUGGAGAUGAAAAUAAUUCUAGCUAUGAUAAUCAGGCAAUACUCGUUGGAAGUGUCGUCAACAUAUGUUCAUGCCCCUAUGGUGUUCAUCACCCUGCAACCUCAAUAUGGUGUUCAAAUACUCCUAACAAGGAUUAUGAAAUAAAGAAUGGGUUUUAGAUACUCACAAGGACACUUCUUUAUCGAUGCAAAGUAUGGUAUGCUUUUUAAGGCUCUUGUGACCGUUGACUCGUAGUUGUUACAAGAGAUUGACGUAAUACUUGUUAAAGUAGCAACACUAGCAAUGUAACGUCUGUUGGUCUAGUUAAUUGUUUUAUGUUGAUUUAAUAAUUGAGCCUUUAUUAAAUGUUUAAUUUAAUCAGUUGUUCCUAUUUUUUAAUAUAAUGGUUUGUCAUGGGAUAUGUCCUUAGUUUUAAGGGUAAUGGUUUGUCAUUGGAUGCAAACCUAUAUAAAAUAUUCUGUUGGUUUCAGAAAUAA